CAUUCUUCGGGGCGCAACAAUUACGGGAAACCUCCUUUCCUCCCUCGAUCCAACGCCAUAGUGGACAGUGAUAUCAUCAGCCCUCCACCUUCGCCCCCGCAUCAAGUCAAUUGGAGUUCCUUGCCGCCCACGUCUCGAAAAUCCUCGAGCACGCCGUCCAGAGCUCGGAGGCAGAACAGCGGCGGUCAACAGCAGCAGCAGCAACAACAACAACAACAACAACAGCAGCAGCAGCAGCAACAACAACAGUACAGAAUGGCGCAAGCCAAGUCGUUGGAGGAUCAGUCUUCCUCGAGGAGGUCGCAAUUCGUGCAACGUUAUCUUGAAUCGUCGAGCUCGUCCUCGUCGUCGGUGGGUUUCAGAAGUCUGGAUAGUUGCGUGACGAGAUCGACUAUGCCCAGAUUGGCGGAGAACACGGAUUCCUCGGUGGAAGGGUACGACGACGGGGACGACGAGGACGACAAUCCGAGCUCCUCGUUGAAUCUAAGCCUCGUCUCCUCCUCGAUAAUAGCGUUGAAUUCGUCCACGGAAUCUAUCCGCGCCAAUGGGGAGAGGAUCUCGCCGAACAGGCAGAGCCGACAUCACAGGAGUCAACAGGGAUUAAGAAGAUCGCCGGGAUCGUCGGAAUCCGGCAAGUUGUCGUUCAACUCGCCGUCUUCCUCCUCCUCGUCGUCGAGCAGCACGGACAGACAGGGCAGAUCGCCGACACCGAACCCUUUCAGACGUAGCAACGCUUCUAGGCAACAUCAGAGCGCGAGGACGACGCAAGCGUCUCCGGAUUCUCAUCAGUCGCGGGUGAGAAGGUCGAGAAGUCUUCAAUUGCCGGAGAAAAGGUCUCCGAGCGCCGCCGCGCCAUUGAACAGGGAACAUUCGAGGGAAUCUAACGAGCCCCACAGAUUGGUUGUGAAAAUUUCCAGCGAUCGAGGGAACGAGAGGAAACGCCAUGCUCUUCAGAACAGAAAAGCGCAGUCAACCGAGAACGCGUUGAACGAGGAAUUGCUCCGUGAGACCGAGGCUGUAACCGAGUUCCUUUACGGUACGAGGAGCCGCGCGAUAGCCAGAAGCCUGCUAUCGUGUCGCUUCGAGCGUCGCGAGGAUGGCCAGGAGCAAAGGCAGAGGAGUAAUCCCAACACUUACGAUGUUUACUUUAUCUCCUCUAAACACCAGCAAUCUUCCAAAUCCACCGGAUCGUCCAUGCAACAACAGUCGCAGCAGCCACAGCAGCAAACGCAACAACAACAACAACAACAACAGCAGCAGCAGCAACAAUCGAGGCGACCUAAAACGCUUCAAAGGGGAGCAACGACCCCGAAUGCGAAUCCCGCGUCCACGAACCAUGACUUCUGCAUCAGUCCCGACACGAAGUUGCGCUGCAACAGCAGCACGUGCGAUUUCUGGCCGCAUUGCUCGCAGAGAGACACUCUUUACUCCCCCAACCAAGCUCCGGUAUUCAUGAAGUUAUCCCAGAGUUACCCGGCUCAUCAGAGGCUCCCCACGGACGCUGGAAGCAGCCACGCGAGCAGAGGUAGCGCCAGCUCGUCUCCAGCAUCGUUGGAGCGAAUGGACGAUCGUGAAUUUCGCGAUCGUGACGCGUCCCGAAAGAAUCGGGCUACUCGUGAUCGGAGUAACAGCAGCGCGGCCAAAUAUCAGGAGAGGCAACCGAAGAGCGUGUUGAAACAGUCGAGUCGAUGGUCGUCCCUGGAAGGAUCUAACGGGAACGGCUCGAGCGUGGAUAAGAGGGAAUAUCAUAGGUAUUAUCAGAAAGCGGAAUUCAGUUCGGGCAGUUUCGAGGGUUGUGAGAGCAAGGAUAGAAAGGUGUCGCCGGUUCAAGGGAAGAAUAUAGCGAGUAGAUCGCCGAGCGGCCACGCAGCGUCCUCCUCGGCUACCUCGUCAUCCUCGAGUAGCGACAUUUGGGUGACCACGUCCGAUCGAACCGUGACCAAGAGUCCGAGGAAUGCGAAGAGCUCGGGUGCGUCAACUCCCAUGGAGGAUGCGGUGAUUGGUUCUCUGAAGACGUUGAUGGAGCCGCCGAAAGAUGGAAUGCUGUCCAGGCCUGGAAGCGCUCCAACGAGGGGUGAGGAUACUCUGUCGGCGGACGGAUCCUUGGAUCCUCAUCAGCGGUCACUAUCGUUGCCUAAGUCCUUCUUGACGCACAACGGCAAUAACAAAGGAGGAUCCUGGCAGCGUGGGCAAAAUUCCCAAAGGUCGAGCCCCAGUCCCAGUCGACUUCACCACACGCAGGAAGCGGCCACGCCUCACACAGCUCCUGUUUCCCCGCUACACGAUCAACGUUCGAGCGCGUAUUCUGGAAAGGAUAGGAGACGGAUUCCUGGGCUGAGCAAGGCGCAGAGGCGUAUCAAAGCGUCGAGCACGCCUGCGCUUUUGGAUCGUGAUGUGGAAAGUCGACAGUGGUCGGGAGAUGAAGAAGAUGAGGGCACAACAGGUCACGUAACAACGGAGCAUCCUCUAGCAGAGGCGACAAUUCCUUUGGUCUCCCAUUCGCGACUUCAAGAGCAGCCCUCUAACUUAAGUGGCAAUCUCGUGACCGCUUCUGGAACCCAGAAUCCUCCUCGUUCGAGCACGCAGAGCCAGCAAGAAAGCGUUCUGCAGAAAUUUAGAAAAAGUUUCUCCUUGAGGUUUCACAAAAAGGGCAGCAAGGAGAGCAACGAGAGCGAAUGUCCGGCCGAAGAUAACGAUGGAUCCGGACCUUUGGACGAGGAGGAAGAAAGGGAACCACCUACUGUGACUGAACAGACCCCUCAACAUAAAGAAGACACCAAUAAUGACCAGAAAUUCCGAUUCGGUCCUCUUGUAUGGAGAAGCAGUAAAGAGAGGAAAAAAGGCAGCAAGGCUGCCAGAAACGCGAAAUGCAACAGCGGAGAUAGUGGAAUACAAAUCGAGGCGGAUCUUCAGAGUCGUACGUCGUCGAGGCACCAGCAUGUACGUAGAACGAACAGCGAUUUAGGAGGUCAAAGGUUACUCCAGUGGGAUACGAGGUCUGGUUACAGCCACGCGCACAAUUACCGCAGGAUGCUGUCGACGCCAUCGCCGAUCAAGACGAGGCCUCCUAGGCUGAGCCCGAGGCACUCCUCCCAUGACAUCGUUACGCUGAGAAGUAACGCGAAAGGGAGGAGUUCUCGGACAAAUUUGAGGCGUUCACUUAGUCAACCACUGGGUAUUAAUCAACUAUCACCCUUGAUGCGCACCAAAACUGCAGGCGCAAGGUUGCCCGGUGGAAACGUCCUGUCUGAGGAUGAACAGGAUGGAAGAGGUGGGACUUCGGAUGACGAGAUGAUGUCCGAUUCGGAAUCCUCCAUCGCCUCCUUGACGGAUAGAAAGAAAUCCUUCGAGCAGACGAUGGACGAGGAGGUUGUAAUCUUGGCUGAAGCUGUUUGGGACCACGUGGCGAUGGAACCAGAGGAGUUAGCUUUCCGUGCUGGCGAUGUGAUAGAGGUUUUGGAUAAUUUGGAUAAAGACUGGUGGUGGGGUAGUUGCAGAGGAGAGCAUGGUUGGUUCCCGGCUGCAUUUGUUAGGUUACGCGUAAGCCAAGAAGACACUGUCGAGGAUUGUUUGGCGGCGAUGGCCUCUGGAGGUACAUCGAAUCAGCAAUUGAGAAGACGUACCAGUGUCUCAUUGUUAUCAAACGAGCAAGUUAGAACGAGCGUAGUUCGUGAACUGGUUCAAACAGAGCGGGAUUUCGUCAAGAUACUAAGGGAUGUUGCGGAGGGUUACAUAGCUGAAUGUCGACGACGCACGGAUAUGUUUACCGAAGAGCAGAUAGAAACGAUUUUUAUCAAUCUCGAGGAAUUGUUAGACUUUCAAUCUGAAUUUUUGAAAGAUUUAGAAACUAGGAUAGAUUGGAGUGCUCCGUAUAAGAGUUGUGUCGGUGAAUGUUUCCUAAAUCAUAGAGCAGGAUUUCGCAUGUAUUCAGAGUAUUGCAAUAGUCAUCCUAUGGCUACCGCCACGUUACAAGAAUUAUAUCAGCAUAAUCGUUACAGUAAGUUCUUUGAAGCCUGUAGAUUAAUGAGAGGAUUGAUAGAGAUUCCUUUGGAUGGAUAUUUAUUGACGCCUGUGCAACGAAUAUGCAAGUAUCCGCUCCAAUUGGCGGAGUUGUUGAAAUAUACAAAAUCUGAUCAUCCGGAUUACCAUAAAAUUCAGGAAGCCCUUGAAGCGAUGCGAGAUGUCGCCGUUCUGAUUAACGAGAGAAAGAGACGAAUGGAAAGUCUUGAAAAGCUGGCUGCGUGGCAGCUAAGGGUUGAAGGAUGGGAGGGAGAAGAUCUCAUAGAAGUUUCGUCCCAAUUAAUUUAUCAAGGUGAAGCUGUAAGAGUCACUACUGGCAUGUGGACAAAUAAUAUCACCCUCUUCCUGUUCGAUCAUCAGUUAGUAUAUUGUAAAAAGGAUAUUUUAAAGAGGAAUACCUACGUAUACAAAGGACGAAUUUAUCUCGACACAAGCGAAGUGAUCGAUGUUCCCGAUGGUAAAGAUCACCAACUGGGUGUAACAGUGAGGCAUUGUUUAAAAGUGUACAGCUGUGUUCGAGAUAAAUGGUUAUUAUUCUGUUGUCGCACAGCGGAAGAGAAACGUCGAUGGUUGACAGCCAUGGCGGAGGAGCGAAGAUUGGUUGCACAGGACAGAAACGAUGGGUUAGAGUUUCCUGCUGCAGCGAGGCAACUAGCUAGACUCGCUGCAACGAGACAACAGAACAGACCGCCAAUUAAACCUCGCAACAAAACGUACAAAAGAGAGUCGGCUUACGAAAUGCCAACAAUGGUCGGGCAGGCCACGACAAACUCGUUAGGGCGUAAAGUUGGCACUUGGUUCACAUUCGGUAGCAGCAAGAAAAAUACACGACUUCAGCCGUCCUGAGACAGGCCUACCUUCGUGCCAUACAUCGACUUGUGAAAGUUUAACGAGAAGCGCUCGAUCGUUGCUUCGUAACUAUGAAUUUCGUUCACGCGUUACUCGUGUGAGAAACUUUUCUUAAAAAAAAAGUUCCUUAUCAGCUUGAUUUAUUCGGAUUUUCUUCGAUGUUUCGACGUUCAAGAAUAUUCGAAUAAUCAAGCGAUCGAAUAUUUCGUUUUAAUCAACACGAAGGCAAACGAUAACAAGCGCUUAUCAUAUGUAUGGAACGAAGGUAUUUUAUUUAUAUAAUUGUUAAGUUUGACGUUUAAUCUGUCGAUAACAAUAAUAUCGAUACGUCCUGUUGACAGGAUAGUAAAACGCUACAAUUUUCACCAGUCCGAUUAUAUAGUAUUCUUGUUUAAUUUAAACACAUACAGUUCGAUAAAAGAAGAAGAAGAAGAAGAAAAAAAAAGAAAAGAAAAGUGUAACUUUAUAUCGUUGGCGAUAUUUAAUUUCACUGCCUCGAAAAAAGAUUCUUCUACGCUUUCUCGUCUUAUAAUCACGCAUCUAUCAACGCAUCUAUGAAGUUUGAACAAGGUAUUAUCACUUAGUUGUUUCUAGAAAAUGAUAAACGUUGUUUGUUCAAACUAUAAUCGCCAGAAAUAUUAUAUUAAUUAAGCAUAAUUAUAAAUUUACGUAAAGGAGAGUAUGCGUACAAGCAACGUUUAUGAGAAUAUCUCAAGUGAAAUGAAGAAUAUUAGAAAGUUUGGAGAAAUAUGAAGAGAUCGAGCGGUUAAAAGCAAAGCAACAAGUAUCGAAGCGGAUCAAAUUAGAAAAUAUAAUCGAAGAAAAAAAGUUACAUAAAUUAGAAAAAUGAAUGCACUUAUUAUUAGACAUGUAUAAAUACAUAUAUGUGUAAAGCCGUUAGUGAGCUUUUGCGGUAUUAAAGAGAAAGUACUAGUCACACUUAUCAUGGAAACACAUGAAAGACCAGUGAUGAAACUUUAUCAUUAUUGAAAUGCAACCGCUUGUAUGUUGUGUACAAUGGAUUAGUAAUGGCCAUCCAUUUUUUAUGGUAAUAAAGACUGAUUGAGAAAUGUUUGUUUUCCAGAGAUUUACGAGUAAAUAGGUAUGAGGGAAGCACUGAGAGAAAAGUAUAAUAAAAGUGUAAUCGAAUUUCAACAUAGAUCAACUUAUAUAUAUAUAUAUAUUUGCAGUUUCAAAAUGAAAAAUCUUUUAAUUGUAUUUCUAGUUUGAUGACAAUUUAGAUAAUGUAUUUUAGAGUGCACACUGAAAAAAAAACAAUUGAUACAAAUAUUAUAUCUUGAAAUUUUCUCUCGGUGAAGCGAAACGUAUCACAUAUUCAUUAAAAAAAAAAAA